UCCUGCUCUUCCGCGAUCCGAGCUGCCUCCUCGCCAGUGACGUCAUCCCGUGCGGCGGCGGAAGAUGGCGGACAGCAUUCCCCUGCAACCGGUGCAGAAGAGAGCGGCGUAUUACACGGCAGACAGGAACAAGAGGAGAUAUCAAGUAGAUGAUGAGGCUUCACCUUUGGAUGAAAUGCCACUUAUGAUGUCUGAAGAAGGCUUUGAAAAUGAUGAAAGUGAUUACCAUACCUUACCUCGAGCCAGAAUUACCCGCCGAAAAAGAGGUUUAGAAUGGUUUGUUUGUGGUGGAUGGAAAUUCCUGUGCACCAGCUGCUGUGACUGGCUUAUAAACAUUUGCAGAAGAAAGAAGGAAUUAAAAGCUCGAACUGUGUGGUUGGGAUGUCCAGAAAAAUGCGAAGAAAAAUAUCCAAGGAAUGCUAUAAAAAAUCAAAAGUACAACAUCUUUACAUUUGUACCUGGGGUUUUAUAUCAACAAUUCAAAUUUUUCUUGAAUCUUUAUUUUCUGAUAGUCGCUUGUUCUCAGUUUGUACCAGCAUUGAAAAUAGGCUACUUAUAUACCUACUGGGCACCACUGGGUUUUGUUCUUGCAGUCACAAUGGUGAGGGAAGCAGUUGAUGAAUAUCGGAGAUUCAAGAGAGACAAAGAAAUGAAUUCCCAGUUAUACAGCAAACUUACUGUUCGAGGUAAAGUACAAGUAAAGAGUUCAGAUAUCCAAGUUGGGGACCUUAUUAUAGUGGAAAAGAACCAGAGAAUCCCUGCUGACAUGGUGUUUCUCCGAACCUCUGAAAAAACAGGUUCCUGCUUUAUACGAACUGAUCAGCUAGAUGGUGAAACUGACUGGAAGUUGAAAGUUGCUGUUGGCUGUACUCAGAGAUUGCCAGCAUUGGGAGAUCUAUUUUCAAUCAAUGCUUAUGUUUAUGCUCAGAAGCCACAACUGGAUAUUCACAGUUUUGAAGGUAACUUUACACGGGAAGAUACAGAUCCAGCUAUGCAUGAAAGCCUGAGCAUUGAAAACACUUUGUGGGCAAGCACUGUGGUUGCAUCUGGCACAGUGAUAGGUGUUGUCAUUUACACUGGGAAAGAGACAAGGAGUGUGAUGAAUACAUCAAAUCCAAAAAAUAAGGUGGGAAUGUUGGACCUUGAACUGAAUCAGCUGACUAAGGCACUAUUUUUGGCUCUUGUUGCGCUCUCAGUGGUAAUGGUAACCUUGCAAGGAUUUGUUGGCCCUUGGUAUCGCUACCUAUUUCGGUUCCUCCUGCUGUUCUCAUACAUCAUCCCAAUAAGUUUACGAGUAAACCUGGACAUGGGUAAAGCUGCUUAUGGAUGGCUGAUCAUGAGAGAUGAGAACAUUCCAGGGACAGUUGUACGAACAAGCACAAUUCCAGAAGAGUUGGGACGUCUGGUUUAUUUGCUUACAGAUAAAACAGGAACUCUUACAAAGAAUGAAAUGGUGUUUAAACGUCUUCACCUUGGCACUGUGUCUUAUGGCACAGAUACAAUGGAUGAAAUCCAGAAUCACGUAGCAAGCUCAUACUCACUGCCCCAGACGAGUAACAAUAUCAACUCAACACCUUCAAGAAAAGCCCAGCCGUCUGCACCUAAAGUACGCAAAACAGUGAGCAGCCGAGUCCACGAGGCAGUAAAGGCAAUUGCUUUAUGCCACAAUGUAACACCUGUCUACGAGUCACGGGCUGGAGUAAAUGGAGAAACCGAGUAUGCCGAAGUGGAUCAGGACUUUAGUGAUGAAAAUCGUACUUAUCAAGCAUCAAGCCCUGAUGAGGUAGCGCUAGUGCAGUGGACAGAGAGUGUGGGGCUUACUCUUGUCAACAGAGAUUUGACCUCAAUGCAGCUAAAGACACCCGGUGGCCAGAUUCUGACAUUCUUCAUUCUACAAAUCUUUCCAUUUACUUCUGAGAGCAAAAGAAUGGGCAUUAUAGUGAGAGAAGAAUCUUCAGGAGAAAUCACAUUUUAUAUGAAAGGUGCUGAUAUCGCCAUGACCAGUAUUGUACAGUAUAAUGAUUGGCUGGAGGAAGAGUGUGGAAACAUGGCUAGAGAAGGACUCCGAACUUUGGUUGUUGCAAAGAAGUCAAUAACUGAAGAACAGUAUCAAGAUUUUGAGAAUCGUUAUAACCAAGCAAAGCUAAGCACACAUGACAGAGCCCUGAAAGUGGCCGCAGUAGUGGAAAGCCUGGAGAGAGAAAUGGAACUGCUUUGCUUAACUGGUGUAGAGGAUCAGCUGCAAGCAGAUGUGAGGCCUACUUUGGAGAUGCUGAGAAAUGCUGGAAUAAAGAUAUGGAUGUUAACUGGAGAUAAGCUAGAAACAGCAACAUGUAUAGCAAAAAGCUCUCACCUUGUCUCAAGAAACCAGGAUAUUCACAUCUUCAGACCAGUGAGUAAUAGAGGUGAGGCUCACUUAGAACUGAAUGCUUUCAGAAGAAAGCAUGACUGUGCCUUGGUAAUAGCUGGGGACUCACUAGAGGUGUGUUUAAAGUAUUAUGAGCAUGAAUUUGUUGAGCUUGCGUGCCAGUGCCCUGCUGUUGUGUGCUGCCGAUGCUCACCGACUCAGAAAGCUCACAUUGUGAAACUUCUACAGCAGCAUACAGGAAGACGCACGUGUGCCAUAGGUGAUGGAGGUAAUGAUGUGAGCAUGAUCCAAGCAGCUGACUGUGGUAUUGGGAUAGAGGGAAAGGAGGGAAAACAAGCAUCCCUUGCAGCUGAUUUUUCCAUCACACAGUUUAAGAACAUUGGAAGAUUAUUAAUGGUUCAUGGUCGGAACAGUUAUAAAAGGUCAGCAGCACUGGGGCAGUUUGUCAUCCAUAGAGGCCUUAUUAUUUCUACUAUGCAGGCUGUUUUUUCUUCAGUCUUCUAUUUUGCAUCUGUUCCUUUGUACCAAGGAUUCCUAAUGGUAGGAUAUGCAACCAUUUACACAAUGUUUCCAGUGUUCUCCUUAGUGUUAGACCAAGACGUGAAGCCAGAGACUGCGUUACUUUACCCAGAGCUGUAUAAAGAUCUCACAAAGGGAAGAUCCUUGUCUUUUAAAACCUUCCUCAUCUGGGUCUUAAUCAGCAUAUACCAAGGGGGUAUCCUGAUGUUUGGAGCAUUGCUGCUUUUCGAAUCUGAAUUUGUUCACGUGGUGGCAAUUUCUUUCACUGCCUUGAUUUUGACAGAGCUAUUAAUGGUUGCACUAACCAUAAGGACAUGGCACUGGCUGAUGGUCGUAGCUGAAUUUUUCAGCCUUGGAUGCUACUUGGCAUCUCUUGCUUUUCUUAAUGAAUAUUUUGGUCUUGGUAGAGUGUCAUUGGGAGCUUUUUUAGAUGUUGCCUUUAUUACAACAUUAGCCUUCCUGUGGAAAGUAUCGGCAAUCACCCUUGUCAGCUGUCUUCCUCUCUAUAUCCUCAAGUACUUGAAGCGCAAGUUCUCACCUCCCAGUUACUCCAAGCUUACCUCCUAGAUGUAGCUUUAAACGUGUGGGUAUUCCCGCCUGCCAGUCUAGCUGGGAAUAGCAUUAGCUCCCCCCGCCGUGUUCUCGUUACUGUAGCCUUAUGAAUGAGCUACUGCUAUGAAGGUCGGUCCACAGAGCAACAUGAGCACAAUGAAAGACAGAGAGUAAGUGGAUGAAGGGAAGGGAUAUUUACAACUGAUACAAGUCAGUUACAAUUAACACCAAUCUAACAUUUCAUUUUCCUUUUUUAUUAUUCUGUUAAAAUAAUUGAUUUAAUUAAUUAGCAUGAACAAUUGACAUUGGUUUUAUGGUACAUCUUUUUGUCUAAAUAAAUAUUAUUUUUUUGUUUGUUUUUAUUUGUAAUAUUCCCAUUACGUGAUGUCACACUAAUACAACACAGAGAAUACAACCAUAUUUAUUUCAAAUAACACACUGAACUUCUUAAAUUCCUUGUAUGCUGCUAUUUUUUCUGCAUUGAAACCUUGAUAAAUAUGCACUAUAUUAAAUGUGUAUACGUGUUUAUAAAGUAUAGUAUUCAUUUUAUUUCUUACUUUUAAUGCCCAAACCAAACAAGAACAAAUCAUAUGUAUUAUUAGGGUUAUUUCAGCCUGCACCAACUGGAUUUGUUUAAAAUGCUUCUUCAUCAUUGUUCUGUAUAUAAAACCCCUGCCAUUAGAUAAACCAUAUACAUUCCUCAAAAAUACCACUUUGGAUUGUUUUUGCCACUAUGUUUCGCUGCCUUGUACUCUGCAUACUUUGGUUACUCAGGUAAAAUAAUAUAUAUAUGAUGUAAUAUUAUUUAUUGUAUAUGGUAGAACGAUCCUUUAUCUUCCAUUGUGCAUUUUUGGGUUCUAAUUUAUGUUCCAUCUAAUUUCCAUUAGACUUUUUAAUCUUGAUGUCUAGGGUCUUCAAGCAGGGUAUCAUAAGUGGUUUUAUGGUGUAUUCCUUCUUCACUGUGGGACAGAUAUUUGGAUUCAUGAACUGAGCCUGGUGUUUAUUAUUACCCAGCCUAUCGUAAUCUUUUUCAGACUGUAUCUUGCUUAGAAGAGACAAUAGAUCAACACAUUAAACAAAAAGAAGGUUACAUGGGACAUCAAUGCUGUAUACUUUGC